UAUAUAUAUAUAUAUGCGCGCAAAUACGUAAACAUUAUAUUAUAUAUUGUUAUUUUUGAAAUGACGCUCAUUGAAUAAAUAAAUUUUAUUGAUGUAUAUUUGAUAGAGAGCAUGAUUAUGGAAUCGUACAAUGGUGAAGGAGGAAUAAAAUAAAGAAAAUAUAAAAACAUUUCACGGAGUUAGGUCGAAGGUAGCGUAGGAGGGUGACGCGAAUACAGCUGCUAGAAAGUAUCACCUGUCAGUAAACAACUGUUACUACGUACGAGCGGACGAAUGAAAUAACCAUUUUAUGUAGUGUCGAAGAAUUAUUUAAAAAACAAGACAUUUCAAAGAUAGUUGAAAAGGUGCCGCUUACAAGAAUGUUGCGCGCAAGAUCCCAGAGUAGCAUUUGCGAACAGGAGGCAAAAUUCGUGCACGAUCGAAUCACAGGCGUGGAAAAACAUUUUGCCGAGUUAUGCGCAAUAUUCGCGGCGUUUACCAGAAAGGCAGCAAGAUUGCGAGACAAAAACGACGAAGUUGCUAAAACGAUACAUACUUAUGCCGAGUCAGAAUUAAUAAAUCGAUCCUUAAGUAAUGGCCUUUUAAAUUUGUCCGCAACAUUAUCCGCUAUAGGCGAUUACAGAGAUGCUCAAGUUCAAAGGCUAGAUGCAAAAGUAGUAGCACCGUUAUCUCAGUAUGCAACUAUUUGCAAACACGCGCGCGACGAUGUUAAGAACACUUUUUCAGCUCGCGACAAAGAACUUACAAAGAGAAAGCAACUGGAUAAAAUUAGAGAAAAAAAUCCAAGAAAUCGACAGAUGAUCAAGCGUUAUCAGUCACAAGCGGAAUCGGAAUUGAUGAAAGCAGCCGUUGAAGUUUCUAGGGUGAUAAAAGGUUUGGAAGAACAAAUCGAUUCUUUCGAGCGACGAAAAUUGCACGACCUUAGGAACGUACUUUUGGAUUUUGUUACGAUCGAAAUGAGUUUUCAUACAAAAGCCAUUGAACUUCUUACUAAGGCGUACCAGGACAUUGCCGAUAUAAAUGAGACUAAAGAUCUUGAAGACUUUCAAAGUGCCCGAGGAGAUAUGAAUGGGGAAUUUCGAGAAACUAUGCGUGUACCAGAUUCUAUUACAAGAUUGGAUACAGUCGGAAGAACGUCUUUUCGACAAGCUUAUUCACUUUCGAAUUUGGCCAGUCGAUUUACAUCCUCUCCUAUGAUUCCGCAAAAGUCUCCUCGCGAUCGAACGUCAGAACUGGCGGACUCAUUGAAAACCGGUUUCACUAAUUCUUCCGAAUCCAUACAAGUGGAAGAAUAUGCGAACAGUUCGGAAGAAACAGAUUCCGAAUCGUUUGAAGAAAAACCAGUGAGAACUAGACACAAAUCUAUGUGAGCUUUUAUUAGUUUUUCUAAUUGUUUUUAUGCACUUUUAGAUAAAAAUAUCAAAGAAUUCGAAAAAUAAUAUACGAAAACGAAUUGUA